AUGGCCAAGGGGCCAACACCUGGACAGAUGAGGGCAGGGCAAUGGAAGCAGGAGCUGCCAAAGUUCAUCAGCCCUGAGCAGCUGCCCAUGGAGUUUGGGGGGACCAUGACUGAUCCUGAUGGCAACCCCAAGUGUCUGACCAAGAUCAACUAUGGGGGUGAGGUGCCCAAGAGCUACUACCUGCGCAACCAGGUGAGGAUGCAGUAUGAGCACAAGAUGACCGUGGCCCGAGGCUCCUUCGUGCAGGUGGAGAACGAAAUCCUGUUCCCGGGCUGUGUGCUCAGGUGGCAGUUCGCAUCACAUGGGGCAGACAUCGGCUUCGGGGUUUUCCUGAAGACCAAGACGUGUGAGUGGAAGCGGGCGGGGGAGAUGGUGGAGGUGCUCCUCAUCCGGCGCUACAAAGCCCACCUGGUACCUGAGGAUGGGAGCCUCGCCUGCCUCGAGGCUGGCAUCUAUGUCUUGAGGUUUAACACUUAUAGCCUAGUUCAUUCCAAACACAUCAACUCCACUGUGGAGGUGCUGCUCACUGACCAAAGCUUUGUGGAGAAGACGGAGAGAUCCUGGGCAAACCUUGUGGCUCCCACAGCCUCCCCUUUGAUCUCUGGGUCCACAGUGAAUUCACAGCCUUACCUGGCCAGACCCCCUCCAACCUCCCCAGGGAUGGGAAUCCUACAACUGCUGCUCCCAGCCCAUCUGUCACAGUGGGUCAGCGUAUAA